AUGCCUCCUGGAAGCGCUGGGCCAAGGGAGGAAGCACGCCACGAGGGGCAAGCCUCCUUCUUGACCAAGGCUUCGGCAUCUGCACCAGAUGCCGACACACCUGUCGGCACCCAGUUUCUCGGAGCCUGGGGUGCAAAGCAGGGCCCCCUCACCUGCAGCGACAAGAUCGCCAUUUGGGCCUCCUUGGGCCUGGGAGGGCACACGCUGAGCGCCGGCGUGGAGCCUCUUCGCCUGUCGUCCUGCACGAUCGGCCGAAAGUUCUCCUGGCCGCACGCCGCCCGCGCCCUGUGCUGCCGGCUGCAGAACUUCACGCCAGAGAGCCUCCAGGAGUUGCCCCGGGGUUACGGCCUGCAGCACCUGGACUUGCUGGGCUGCAGUGUGAAGUUCGACGAGGGCACGUACGAGGACGGCGCGGGCGCCGAUUUCCGGGACCCGCGCUGCCUGGCCUGGGCCCGAGGCGAUGAGGCACCCGAGAUUCUGGAUGGCCGAACCGGACGCUUAAUGGGCGGCGAGCCCUCCUCGCUGUGCAGCGCGCGCCUCAGCGCCCUGGGCGGCCUGUGGCGAGAUCAACUCCCGGAG